AUGGCGUCCCUGGCGCGAGGCAUCGGGUUCUUCCAGGUCCCCGACAUGAGCGGAAAGCUGGCGGUUGUCACGGGCGGCAACAGCGGCAUCGGCGCAGAGGUGGCCAAGACCCUGGCAAAGCGCAAUGCGACAGUGAUCAUCGCGUCGCGUGACGAGGGCCGCAUGCAGGCCGCUGUCGAUGCCAUCAGGAAGGAGAGCGCCACGGCCGCCAAGAACAUCCGCCCCAUUGUGUGCAACCUGGAGUCCAUGAGGAGCAUCAAGUCCUGCGCCGACCAGGUGCUGGCCCUGGACCGCCCCUUGGACCUGCUGGUCAACAAUGCUGGCCGCUUCCUGGACGCACCCUUCCAGCUGACAGAGGACGGGUUUGAACAGACCCACGCGGUCAACUUCUGGGGCCACGCCUACCUGACCCUCCUGCUUCUCAACCGCAUCGUGGAAGCCGGGCCCUCACGCAUCGUCCAAGUGGUGUCGUUUGGGGAGAUUCUGGGGCGGGUCAGGAUGCACGACCUGCGGGGCGCGAGGGAGGGCCAGAGCGGCUUCCCAUCUUACUGCGACAGCAAGCUGCUGGCCUACAUCUGGCUGUCUGAGCUGCAGGUUCGCCUGCGCCGCGCGGGAGCUCAGGUAGACUGCUUCGGCACGCAGCCCGGUUGGGUCAACAGCCGCCUCAUGGACAAGGUGGACUUCCGCUACCCCCUGUCAGUCCCUGCGCACUACGCGGCCAAGCUUUUUGCGCUGUCCCCCAAGUACGGCUGCCGCUCCACCCUGUUUGCCGCCACAGACCCGAGCCUUACUGGUAAGGGCGUCAACAGCAGGGGCGUCGGCGCGCCCUACUUUGGGGCGCCCUACCCCCUGUUCAGCCUGCCCUUCUUCUUCCACACUGCGUCCGGCCCGGCCUGGAACUCCCAGGCACACAACGAGUCGCUGCGGGUGGCUGUGUGGGAAGAGGCUCACCGCAUCUUGGAGGAGACCGCCGGACCUGGACUGCCGGACAUCAACCUUACCCUCACAGCGCCCCAGACGGCAGGUCGCUCAUUGUAA